UUCGAGGAACGGGAACUAGAGGUGUCGCGCACGGUGCCGUGCACUGUGUUUCCAGGAGUUCGAACGCGAUCAGAAGUGUUCACACACUGCGGGACUAUAAAUCACCAGAAGCAGCUGCUGCUGCAGGACGCGCCGGCGGGAAUGAAGACUUUGCUCCGAGCGCAGCCUGCGCCCUGUCAGCGCACUUUCUCUCACGGAUCCGGCUUGAAGAUUCUGGUUCUGGUUGUUAUAACGACUUGCACAAUGUUCAGGAGACUGGUCGGCACGUGUGCAAUAUGAUCGCGAGCAGCAGCGACCUUUCCAUUAUGACGAGGAGAUGUCUUCUGACUUUCAAACCGUUCAGGAUCUUUGUGGUGGGGAUCGGUUUCUUCAGCCUGUGCUUCCUAAUGACCUCUCUGGGGGGCCAGUUCUCAGCCAAGCGCUCUGGAGAUUCCCCCUUCACUGCUCGAGCUGAAGUACUUGGUGGACAAGAAUCUCGUGGGGUGCUGAGGAAAAUCAGUGAUAUGCUGGAGGUCAUUAUGAAGAGGAUGGACACUCUGUCCAAGCUGGGUAACACCACCGAUACCCACAGGCUGGACGAACUCAACUCAGCCCUGGACAGGAUUCAGCCUAUGGGACUAGUGGAGCGAAUCCAGGCAAUCGCGCAGAACAUGUCUGAUAUGGCAGUGAGGGUGGAGCAGAUCUUACAGCGCAGCAUGGCCAGCAAUAGAGCUCGCGAAGGAACAUUAGGACAAUGUGAGAUCCCCAAAGAUCCUCGAUAUCCAGACUGUCCCAGUAAGAUGGAUUGGAUGCGUGCUCGUUGGACCUCUGACCCUUGCUAUGCCUUUUAUGGUGUGGAUGGUUCUGAUUGCUCCUUCCUCAUCUACCUGAGCGAGGUGGAGUGGUUCUGCCCCCCACUGGCCUGGAGGAACCAGACUGCUACGCCUACCCUUAAGCCUCCACCAAAGAGACAAGCCGUUUUCCACUCGGACAUUGGGAGGCUCCUUGAGCAGGUGGGCACUGGUAAAGAGUCUCUGAGCUUCAUGAAGCGACGCAUACGGAGACUCGCAGCACAGUGGGCGUCUGCUGCUCGACGGCUGGAUGACAAGCUCCGCAACCACUGGAGAGAACAAAAACGGAUAUUAGUUCAUGUGGGCUUUCUGACAGAAGAGUCUGGAGAUGUCUUCAGUCCCAAGGUGCUGAAGGGGGGCCCACUGGGAGAGAUGGUGCAAUGGGCUGACAUCCUCACAACCCUUUAUGUGUUAGGACACGACCUUAAGAUCUCUGUAUCUCUCAAGGAGCUGCACGGAUCUUUGGGAGUCCCUCCAGGACGAGGAAGCUGUCCUCUGACAGGACCUCUGCCCUUUGACCUCAUCUACACCGACUACCAUGGCUUACAGCAAAUGAAGCAGCACAUGGGUCUCUCACUGAGGAAGCACAAGUGCCACAUCCGUGUGAUUGACACCUUUGGUACUGAGCCUGCCUACAACCACGAGGAGUACGCCACCCUGCACGGCUACAGAACCAACUGGGGCUACUGGAACCUCCAGGGGAAGCAGUACAUGACCAUGUUCCCCCACACUCCAGACAACUCCUUUAUGGGCUUUGUGGCAGAGGAGCUGAAUGAGACUGAGAGACAGAACAUUCAGCGGAACAGGAUCAACAAUAUGGCUGUUGUGUACGGUAAAGAAGCCAGCAUGUGGAAGCUUCAGGGAAAGGAAAAUUUCCUCACUAUUCUACACCGCCAUAUGGAAAUCCACGGGACAGUGUACUAUGAGACACAGCGUCCCCCAGAGGUUCCUGGUUUCGUCAAAAAUCAUGGUCUGCUGCCUCAGCAGGAACUACAGCAGCUCCUUCGAAAGGCCAAGCUUUUCGUUGGUUUUGGAUUCCCAUACGAAGGCCCUGCUCCUUUGGAGGCCAUCGCCAACGGAUGCAUCUUUCUGCAACCAAAGUUCAGCCCCCCUCACAGCUCUCUGAAUCACGAGUUCUUCAGAGGGAAGCCCACGUCGAGAAAGGUGUCCUCUCAGAAUCCCUAUGCAGAACAGUACAUCGGGAGGCCUCAUGUCUUCACAGUUGACUUCAACAACUCCGAAGAGUUUGAUGCAACUAUCCGUGCGAUCAUGCAGACAAAUGUAGAGCCAUUCCUGCCCUAUGAGUACACCUGCGAGGGAAUGCUUGAAAGAGUUCAUGCCUAUAUUAAGCAUCAGGACUUCUGCUCUCCUGAAAUGCCAUUUCCUCCAGUAAACGCAUCUCAAACUUGGCGAGGAAGCCCUCGCAGUCCUUUCAGCCUCCUACCCAACUCCAGCGUCCUGGCCUGGGCAACCAAUGCAAGCGCUUACACAUCCUGGCCGCCCCUCAGUGCGCUACGGCUGCUGGCAUCCAUGGAGGGCGAGUCAUGCGUGAAAGCCUGUCAGAGUGCAGGACUCAUCUGCGAACCAGCCUUGUAUCGUUUCAUCAACAUUAAGGAGGCCUUUAGCGCGCUGGACUUGGAGUGUGACGGAGUAGAAUCGGAGAUGAACCACCUGUUCCCCGCCUUUUCAGCGCAGCACAGUGAGUGCAGCCUGCAGCAGGAUCCGCUUCUGUUCAGCUGUGCUGGAUCCAGCCCUAAAUUUCAGCGCCUUUGCCCCUGCAGGGACUAUCGCAAUGGCCAGGUGGCACUCUGCAGGGACUGCCUAUGAUAAGUCAGCUGGCAGAUGGAAACUCUUUUAUAUUAGUUUAUCCCAGGAGCCUUUACAUGAGAAAAUGAGACUCUGGAAUAAUAUAAUGCAUAAAAGACACAUCAGUCCAAUUCCUUACCUCUUAUGUGGGACUGGGUGCCAAUGGGCAGAAUUUGUAAAAAGACAAAAAAAAGUAGGUAAGGUAGUAGCACCACUCAGGGAACUGCAUGAUUGUGGUUAUUUUCUUAUUUAUUUAUUUGUUUGGAGGUUUUGAAGCCUUUUCUGACUUUACACAUUAAUAUUGAGUGUAUUAGGACGACUUUAUAAAAUUAAUCAUGACAUGUUCAAUUACUCGAUGGAUCAGAUUUGUAAAUCAGUCAUGAGCAACCAAAAAGGAAAGCUUUGAUUUAACAUGUUGCAAUGCUUGAACAAAACUGUAAAUUCACCAAUGUGUUUCCUCAGUGUCAUGUACCGUGGAGUUUGUAUAUUUGCACCAGAUGCACUCAAAGCUAUUUACACCAUGUUUAGAUGUACUAUUUUCCAUCGGCUAUAAUAGCUGUAUUUGUACAUUGGUGUGGUUUUUAAUGAAAUAAAAACAGUCAUUACUUAUACUAGA